UUCACACACUGUCCAUAUGAAAAAUCUGAGCAGCAAAGAUUAGGCCUGAAGCAGUCUACAUUUUCUUUGCCCUUCUGAGUCCAAGAGGAGGAGAUUAGGUGAGGAUUAGAGCCCACUGGACCAGCUGGCCUCCGAAUUCAUCCUUAAAAUAUCUCAGGAAUGUUGAUAUCCUUUCUCAUGAUGGGGAAACAUAAAACCUGACGGAGGCGCUAUUUCGUGCCACCUUCGUGUGCCAGGUUGCUAGGUAAGAGCAGGGCAGGCAAACACCGUGCAGGUUGAAGCAAGCUAAGGAAGAAAACUGGUAUCAUAGACGACUCAAAACCAGUUUAUGUCAGGAUCUGAGGAGACACAACAUGACAUGCAGGUGAUCAAAAGUUUUUGAGGAUUUUUUUUUAAAUGCCAACAGGAGAAACCGGGGCUGCUGUGCUUCACUAAACUGCGCUUUUCUUCAUCGACUUCGUACAAAGGAGGAUCUGUGCGCCCUGUUGCAGGUGAGGCGGAAGCAAUGCAUUCGUGAGGAAUCAACCUGUUCCAUGUUUCCCGUUUUGCUUCGAUCAUCUGAGAACCGCCAGAUCAAAGAUCAUAAUGUAUCAUCAGCUGCUCAAGAAGUGCAGUAAGUCCUCACAGUGACCACUUGACUGAAUGAAAUGGCCCCAAGCUGAUGCCCCAAGGCCUCAGUCUGCCCUCACUUGCCUCACGGCUCGAGAUGGCAGCGUGUCCGGAUGUGCCAGUCAUCCCUGGAGCUGUGGUUGGGAGCGUUUUACUGCUGAUACUGAGCAGUAAUCCUGCGUGGGGGAACCAUACCACUGUUGCAAGUGUGACACAUUCUAAUAACACCACAGGAGGAACAAACAUUGCCGCUAUUGUGGCCCCUACUGUGACCUUGGGUGUUCUGGCCAUAGUGUUGGCUGUUCUCGCCUGGCUGUUCUGUGUGGUAAAAAAGAAGAGGCAGACUGAAGGGACGUACAGACCCAGUGCCGAGGAGCAAUCUGGCGUACGCAGCGUGGCCGCACCAGAUGCAUUAAAACUGCCGAAGGAGGAAAGACUCAUUUGAGAUUUGUUGUCUUAUGUUUCUGCAAAACUCCUGAAAGGACAGAGGGCUGCCUGCUUGGCAGCGUUCCUGUGUGACGAAGCUCUCGCUUUUGAGCUGAUCAGUGGAUAAAAGUUCCUCCAGGUUCCAGAGAGCUGAACUUUGAAACUCCAUAUUUACUUCCCGCUCCAUUUCAAUAAGCACUGAAUCAUGUCUGCGUGGUACUCGGAGGAGAAACGCCUGGAUCUAUCUCCUAGUGGAUCUUAAGAACAAUUGAAUAAUGCAAAGAGAUCUGAAUAUUGAUUCUGCACAGGUGAAACAGGAGCCACAGUAUUUUAUCACCGCUAACAAUUUUAGUUUAGUUUUAAUAUACAAUUCACAAUGUAGCAUGUAUUUGAUUUGAUUUCAGUCUUUCAUGAAGCUGCUUUUUCACGGGCAAAAAAAAUUGCUGAUCUUUUACCUCAAACUCAGUUUAGCUUUUUCAGUCCAUCACAUUUGAAAAGAAUAUAAAUGCACAAAUGUUUUUUUAAUAUCCUUUAAACGGAUACAAUCAAACAUCUUACCGUAGUGCAAAUACUCUUGAUUUUUAAAGAACUUGCUCAGUGAUUUUGAAAAAAGAGGUUGUACUUGGGAAUCACACCAAGCAAAAGCAAACAGUUGUUUACACUUUAAGUAUUUUUUGAGUAAUUAUACAAAUUUCAAGCCACAUUAUUUAAACAUUUCAUCAGAUCAACCAUGCAAAACAUGAUUUAUUGUAAUAUGGCAAAUAUGUUUAAUGGUGUCACAGCAUGUUUAUUUAUGCUUUUGUCAAAUAAACAACAAAAUAUUCGAUAAUA